GGACAAUUCCAGAAACCGUGUAUAUCAUGUUUACGUAUUGCAUUGUCCUUGACCGCGUCAUUCGAAUGUAUCCCCAUAUGAAUUUCGGGUUAGGAAUGAUGACUUUUGCUGGUCAUCUUCACGAGUCCUUGCUUGCGAAGGGGUUGUUGAGGUUAAAUGAUUUCUUUUACGAUAAUGUGGAAUGCGGGUUGAAUUGGUGCACGUCAAAUGUGGAUGUAGAAAUAGAACCUGAGGAGGAUGAGAGAAGAGAUCCAAGAUACGGAUGGGUUCCUUUUCAAUUACCUGUUGUUGGUUCGAAGAUCGUUCUGGACGUGUUAAAUCUUGUGGGAAACUAUUGGGAGGCAAGUGUGGUUGAUGUAUGCGGAUCCUGGGAGCGAUAUUCGAAUUUGUUGGAGUGUGCGUGGGAUCUUCUCAAUCGUUCACAGGGAGCAUCAUCUUGUUGCGACGUGUCCAAAACAAUUAUACAGAGUGUCAGGUUCCUGGAAGUGAACAACAAUUGGGGAUACUUUGUGAAUUGGGUGGAAGGGAAGUUGCAUCCAACGCAAUAUAAUGGGAAAUGGAUGAUGGCAGCACGCGGGGAUAAUGAUUUUUGGGUUCCGUUGGGCUGUGUCCCGGAAGGAUUGAUGAGUCAUCUCCAUUUCCUGGUCAUCCUUUUGAAAGUAUGCUUCGCAAAUGCCGGGGUGGGCGAUACAACAGUCAUAGAGGAGCAUGCUAGGUGUUGCUUUGAGAAGAUUGCUGCUAGUGAACGGCAAAUGUUCACUGCUGUGUAUGACAAGAUCUUUGAUGACGAUUUCUGGGUGCUAAAAUCGACAGUCGUGAUACGCUCCGAGGGACAAUCUUUUUAUGAACAUCUUCCUGACCAUAUAAGAUCUUCAGCUCUUUUAGGGUGGGUACCUCUACAGUGUCCACUGAAAUUUCCCGAGUCGGACCGAUUGGAAAUGAUUUUCUUUGAUCCACUUGGUGUCCCUUUCACUUUGACUUACACCAAUGGACUGCUAACAUUCAUCCAACCACACGGAAUGACACACUUGACCGACAUGACAUCCCUCAUAACAUUUUUGGGGAUAGAUGCACAAGCGAAGCAAUUCUUUGCUCAAGAGGUCAAACAGUCUUCCGAAAUACGGGGAAAGAAAAGGUUAGCUUCCAAACCGAAGGCCAUCGAUUCUCAACAGUCUCGGAAGACUGUGUCGAUGCCUGGUUCAAAGAAAGCAAGUGUGAAACCAAAGAAGAGGAUGCCUCCAGGCAAAGCAGCGCUGCAAGAAAUUCAAAGACUGCAGAAAACCGAGAAGCUUCAGAUUCCGAAGACAGCGUUUUAUCAUUUUGUACACGAGCUUACACAGAAGAGAGAUGAGACUGCUCGCAUGCAGCUUAUUGCACUCCAAGCUCUUCACGAGUUUUCUGAGCAGUGGCUGACAAGAUUAUUCGAAGAUGUUAAUUUGGUAGCAUCCUGUGCUGGACGUGUGACAAUCCUUCCGAAGGAUCUUCACACUGUCAUUCUGAUACGGAAUGAUGAUGUUAGCGAUAGGUGGAAGAAUAGAGCAAUGAACAAUGUAGCGCCACCUCUUUUGACAAGCACAGAGAAGUUCAUGCACACAGUCAGAAAAGAUGCAACACAGAAUGAUGAAGCAGUGCCGAGGUUAGAGUCAUCUGCAAUUGAUAAGAUCGGAGGAGACUGUGAAGUGAGAGUCAGCACAACAAGUCAACAUAUGAUAACAGAAGAGCGAAAUAAGGCAAAGACGAACCUCGAUAGAGUGGAAACAAAUGAACAGAUGACGUUGUUGGCUUCGAAUCUUCUGGGAGUCUCAACUGACAUUGCUGUAGAUGACAAGUCAACAGUUGAGAACAUGGAGAUAUUGUCAGAACACGAAGGAAAGACAUCAGAGGGAAGUAACCCAGAGAGGCCGCAAGAGUUUAAAGGUCAUAUGAUAACAGAAGAGCGAAAUGAGGCAAAGACGAACCUCGAUGGAGUGCAAACAAAUGAACAGCCGACGUUGAUGGGGGAAUGUGAACUGCGUACGAGAAUUGAAGUCGACCAGGGUGAGACAGAUUGUGCAAGACUUGCUUUACAACCGACUUCGAAUCUUCUGGGAGGCUCGGAUGAUAUUGCUAUGGAGGACAAGACAACAGUUGAGAAAAUGGAGAUAUUGCCAGAACACGAAGGAAAGACAUCAGGGGGAAGUAACCCAGAGAGGCCGCAAGAGAAGGAUGAAGGAACCGGAGUUGUAGUGUAUUUGGAUGCAGACACAGAGGAGGGCGAGGAAACACAAUCUAUGGACCAGAAGUUGGUGACAGCAACUGUUGAUAUAACGAAGUACUUGCCAGCAAUGGACAAGCACACAUUACGGCCUCGCCGAGGGCCUGAUGUUACAGGGACAUCGGCGCAACGAAGGCUCUGCGUUCGCGAAGAAGGGGUGUCACGACAGCAGACGAAUGUCGAUGCAUAUCUCGUACAGGAACGAAAUAAAGUUCGAGAUAUAACACGACAUGGAACAUCUGAAGAAGUGAAGAGUGUACGAACAAGAACGGAGCGUUGGAGGAGAAAUUUGGUCGAAAUGCACCGCGAAGCGAGCAAACGAAAAUUGCAGAUGGAAAAAACAGAGAAGCGAGAUAACGAUAUUGACAUCCGACGCAGGGAAGAGUCUUCGAAGUGUACUCCGAAGUCGAAGACAGUAGGCAGGAAAACGCUGGCCGGAGCAACCCCUCUUGCUCCAAGUAAGUAUGUCAUGGAAAAGAAACGGGAGCACAACAAGGGUGAAGCGACUGUUGUGGACAGUGCAGAAGUAGGAGGAAGCGGUGAGGAUAUCAAGAACAGCAUGCGUUGUGGUCGGCAGGCGGGCGAGAGCAGUGGAGGUAAACACAUUAGAGGUCGCGACAUUCAGCACAGGCAAUGGCAUUUGGAACGAGAAUGUCGACAACCAUCAUUGACAGAGUGCGAAGACGAGCAGCUGGAGCAAAAAGAAGCAAAUACGGAAGAGGAUAAUUCAGAGGACGAGAACAAUAGAAACAACGACGAUUUUGGUGAACGUAAAUCGAAUGAAGACGAGGAUGAUAAUAAUGAAGACGGUCGUGAAGAGGAUGACGAGUACGACGCACACUUCACAAACGAGAAAGCAAUAGAUCCUCCUUCUAUCUCCAUGGCUCCCGUCUCUACUUCCCACCCUCCGGCGUCCGUCGAGUCCACCCCGCCGUCGCCCGCUGACGCUGACGCUGAGGAACUCGCAAGCUAUACGGCCGACCUGGAGCCCGCAGUUCGUGACCUCAUCCAAGAGUACCACGACGUUUUCCCAUCGUCGUUCUCGUACGCCGGCAUCCCACCGAUGCGUGACGUCGAGCACUCCAUUCAGCUYGUGCCUGACUAUCGUGUUCACCACCAGGCUCCCUACAGACUCUCGAUCCCCGAGGUCACCAAACUCAAGCGUCAGCUUGAGGAGCUUCUGAGACUGGGUUUCAUUAAACCCAGCAACUCCCUGUGGGGUGCACCCGUCCUCUUUGCUCGCAAAGCGGAUGAAACUCUUCGUCUCUACAUCGACUACCGUGGUCUCAACCGCUACACGAUUAUGAACAACUACCCCAUGCCUCGUUCCGAUAAGUUGUUCGACUGCCUCGCAGGCAACCUCUUCUUUACGAAGAUUGAUCUUCGUAGCGGUUACCAUCAGAUCCGCGUCGCUGCAGCCGACCAACCGAAGACCGCGUUUCAAUCACCCUUCGGCCACUACAAGUUUACGGUGAUGCCAUUUGGCCUCACCAACGCACCCGCUUCCUUUCAGAGGGCGAUGAACGACAUCUUCCGGGACAUCCUGGAGAAGUACGUUCUCGUCUAUCUCGAUGAUAUCCUGGUCUACAGCCGUACCCUUGAGGAGCACCUCAGACACCUCCACGACGUCCUUGACCGCUUGCGCAGACAUGGCUUCUAUGCCAAGCUGAGCAAGUGCCGCUUUGCCCUGCACAAAGUGGAUUUUUUAGGACACUAUGUGUCUGACAAGGGUCAUCACAUGGACGACGCGAAGAUCACUGCUAUUGCGGAGUGGCCCGUCCCCACAUCCGCCAAGCAACUUCGCAGCUUCCUAGGCCUGACCAGCUAUUAUAGUAAUUUCAUCCAGGGAUGUGCUAGGUAUUCCUACGUCCUUAUCUCCACCCUCCUCCGGAAGAACCCACCCUGGGCUUGGACACCCCUCCACGAGGACGCCUUCCGCGCUCUCAAGAAGGCGGUGACAUGCGCACCGAUUCUUCAACUAACCGAUUUUGACCGCCCUUUAUCUGUGUGUCUAAAAUCUGAUUCAACGGGGGUUUGGAGUUGAACGGUUCAACUCUCGGUGAACCCCAUUUCAACUCCGCGUUAUACCCCGU